AGGUUUAAGGGGAGGGGAGACCGAUACAGUAGAAACAACUUGAAUUAAAUAAGGAUUAGUUGUAACAUUCAUGAUGUCUGUUAUAGAUGGGGACCCUUCUAGAAACGAAUUAUUGCGUUUGAUUUAUCAGCAUCUUAAUGAAAAUGGGUACCAGAAAGCAGCUAAAGAACUCAAAAUGCAAGUUGGGCAGAAGGCUGUACCUGCGCAAGAGGCAUCCCUGCAAGACAUCUACUCAUACUGGGAAAAAGCCCCAGAACAUUUGAAAAAGAGAAAGUUAAACCAAGUGAAUAGUGUUUCUCCAUGCAAGAAGCCUCGCCUAUCCGAUCCUGCCAGCAGCAGUGAGAGCUCGGUCCAGGAGGAUGCAAGCAAAACCCAGGCAAAGGCCAGUAAGGCAGUAGGGGAGUCUGCAGGCUUGGCUAAGGGAAGGAAGUCUCCAGGCCCUGCUGUCUUGGAAAAGAUACUCCAGAGCAGCAGCGAGGAAGACUCGGACUCCACAGAGGAAGAACCAGGGAAAAAACCUGCCCCGGUAAAACCGGCAGCAAUUCCUGCCAAAGCCACUCCAGGAAAAGUUUUCCAAGCCAACCUUGCUGCCUCAAAGCUCAUCCUAAACAAGGCCACCCCAGCAAAGGUAUCAAGCCCAGCCCCCAGCAAGCCUGUGCCUUCCACUACUAAACAGUCUAAGACUCCAAAGAAGGAGGAGAGCUCUGAGAGUGACUCGUCGGAGAGCAAGGAAGAAAAGACGCCAGCUGUGAAACCACCACAGAAACCUGCAGCUCCAGUUUCUAAGGCUGAAAGCAACAGUGAGGAUUCAGACUCCGAGCAAGAAGCAAAGAAAAAAUCCCAGGUAACGUCAGUGGAAAAGGGACCCCUUCCUAAAGCAGUGCAGGCCAGCACCACUCCGGGAAAGGUUGCCACGGCGACCUUGGCCUCAGGCACAGCUUCUCAGGUCAAGUCAGCACCAGGGAAGGUCACAGCUGGGAAAGAGAAGGAGACAGGAAGUUCAGAGAACGAGAGCAGUGAUUCGUCAGAGAGUGAAGAAGAGGCAACAGUACAGAAAGCCUUCAUCAAGCCGAAGGCAAAUCAAGUGUCUGGACUAACUGGGAAGCAAGUCAUUGCAAAGGCUGCCCCGGGAAAAGUUUCUUCUGCAGCCCUGGGUCGAUCUACCAGGACACAUCCAAGCCAGGUCACAGCCAAGCCUGCUGCAGUGGGGAAGAAGGAAGAGGAGAGCUCCAAGAGUGACAGCAGUGAGUCUUCAGAGAGUGAGGAGGCGCAGCCACCUGCACAGGCAGCAGUCAGGGUGCCAAUAGCAAAUUCACUGGCAGGAACACCAGCAAAGCAAGUCAAUAAAUUCCAUAUUUUGGGGAAGGCUUCUUCUCCAACCCCAGGAAAAUCCCCCAAGCCAGCUCCAAGCCAGGUCAAAGCCAGCUCAAAGACUACUGCAGUGGGGAAGAAGGAGAGUUCAGAGAGUGGCAGUAGUGGCUCUUCAGAGAGUGAGGAGGAGAAGGAAAAGCCCCAUGCUGCUGAAACUCCACUGAAGCCAGCUCUCAAGAUUACUGCAGCAACUCCAAAACAGAGCCUGUCUGCUGCUGCGUCCAAACCUGCAGCCUCCGAAUCCGACAGUGACAGUGACGACUCCAGUGAGGAAGAGGAAGCCCCAAGGAAACCUCUUCAGAAAGCAUCUAUUGUAAAGGCAACCACCUCUGUUUCUAAAACUCCUUUGAAAACACUCACCAAGGGCACUCCUGUCAAGCCAGGGGCAGCAAAGCCAACCCCAGGGAAGGUUUCAGCUCUGGCCCAGCCUGGAAAAGCCACAUCCAGCCAGGCCAAAGUAACCCCAAAGGCAGGGAUUGGAAAGGAAGAGGAUGAGAGCAGCGAUUCAUCAGAGAGCAAGGAGGAGGCGCGCACACCAGUCAAACCAGUAGUAAAGCUACAGCAGAAACCUGAUGCUACCCCGAAGCGGUUAGCUGUGCCCACGAUUUCCAAGACAAAGACUUGUGAGAGUGAGAGCACUGACGAUUCCAGCGACGAAGACCCAGCACAGUCCCUUCAAGCACAGAAGGCCCUGGUUGCCAAAGUAGUGCAGCAGAAAAAGUGUUCCUUGAACCCAUGCCCCCUGAAGCUCGGGCACAAAGGCACCGUGAUGCCUGCAUCGAGCAGGAACAAGACUCCCGUGAAGCCAGCGGGCACUCCAGCGCAGGAGGAUCGCUCUGAGAGCCACGGCAGAGACACGGAUCUGGAGAAGCGCAGAGAGCCGACUCGCACGCCUACAGUGAAAACUCCUGCAAACACCAAUCAGAAGAGCCAAGCACAGGAGGAGGACAGUGACUCAGACAGUGACUCUUCCGAGGAAGAAGCCACGACAAUGUCAACCUCUACUGUAAGCCACUCGGCACAGAAGACAAGCCAAAAAGGAGCAGAGAAAGGAGCACUGGCAGUGAAAGCUGAGAGGAAAACAAAAGCCAAGGCAGCACCUAAAAGUCCCAAACCUACUGGGGGCAAUACUAAAGAGACUGCUGUGGGGAAGACAGUCCAGCAGCUGCUUUCCAUUGCAGUCAACGAGUCACCAGAGACCUCUGACAGUGACGCUGAGGACGGGGAAGCCACCACGGCCAUCAAAGUCAGUGGAGGAAAGAAACAAAAAAUUACUGGAGGAAAGAGAGCAUCAAGGAUGGCUGAAUCGGAGCAGUCUUCAUCUGAGGAGAGGAAGAGAAAACUACCUGCAGGCACUGCUGCUGCAGGGGCAAAGAGAGAAAAGAAGAAAUCAAAGCUGGUUAAAAAGCUGAGGCUGGCGAGCGAGGACAGCAAAUCUGUCUCCCCAUCAAGUGCAAAGCCAAGCCCUAUUUUAGUAAAGGGAGAAAAGCAGGAGAAAAAAAAGAAGUCCAUGAAAUACAAGAAGAAAAAAUUUAAGAAUACCCCUUUCCGGCCUGCUCUUGGGUUCAGUCUGGGCACACCCUGCUCGACUGGUAACAGCCCUGUAUUAACACAGUCUCUGUCAGCAAAGAAAAAAAAGAAGAGUAAAUUGACACUGUCCAUGUAAACCGAAGGUGAAAGUUUGCUUUACGUCAGAUAAGGUGGACUUCAGGUUUGGAAAAAUUGAAUCGCAGUGGAGCUAAAGGGAAAAGAAGCACCAU